AUGAUUCAUGCUGAUAAAGUGAUUUUGUUAAUUCUAUUGAGUGCUGUAACUGUAGUUGCUCGCAUUCAUUAUCCAGAAGAACAUCAUCUUAGCAAUAUUCGUCAGUUAACAUUUGGAGGGCAAAAUGCUGAAGGCUAUUUCAGCUUUGAUGGAAGUUGGUUGACAUUCCAAGCAUCUGGCAUUCCCGAAUAUGGCACUUCUUGUGAUCAGAUAUACAAACUUGAUUUAACGAUUCCGCCAAAUAAACAAAUCCCAAAGCGGAUUAGUACAGGCGAGGUUUGUUUGGAAGCGAACACAGUAGUUUUUAAUUUAGGUAUCGGAGUUUGUACCUGUUCAUAUUUUUACCCAGAUAAUCUUCAUCUAAUUUACGCCAGUACUUUUCAACAGGCAAAAUUUAAUUCAUCAGACAUUGCUCAAAGUUGCCCAACAAAAACUUGCCAGACUGAACGUGCCAAAACAGAUCCACUUUUGAAGCAAUUAUGUAAUACAACUUAUACGUGGGAUCUUUUCCCGGAGUAUGAUAUUUUUAAGGUAAAUGAAUUUGGUAGUUUUGUUAGUCGUUUAACAGACACACCUGGAUAUGAUGCAGAGGGUGCCGUUUCUCCAGAUGGCAAAUAUAUUGUAUUUACUUCGAUAAGAAGCGGUGAUCCGGAAAUUUGGAUUAUGAAUUCGGAUGGGACAGAACCAAAGCAGUUAACAAGUGAACUUGGUUACGAUGGUGGUCCAUUUUUUAGUCCAGAUGGAACUAAGAUUGUUUUUCGCGCUUCUAGGCCGAAGACCGCUGAAGAAAUAAAGAAAUAUAAAGAUCUGCUUUCUUAUAAUUUAGUCUCACCGCUUGAAAUGGAAUUGUAUACCAUAAAUAUCAAUGGUAGUGGUUUAAGAAAAAUUACGUCACUUGGUGGUUCGAACUGGGCUCCAUUUUAUAUGCCUGAUAAUCGACGCAUCAUUUUUAGUUCAAACUUCAAUGAGACAGGAGGUCAUUUUGGAGCGUUCAACUUGUAUAUUGUCGAUGAAAUGGGUCAAAAUAUUGAGAGAGUUACAUUCAACGAAGGUGGGUUCGAUGCUUUUCCAAUGUUUGAUAGAAGCGGACGACAUCUUAUUUGGAGUAGUAGUCGAAAUGGCCGUAGUCGAACUGAUCUCAAUAUAUUCAUUGGUGAUUGGACGGAGAUUCAUAAAAGCAUUGAAAAUAGUUUAAAGAAGGUGUGA